GCUGCAGACCGUGCCCCAUCCAGGGCUCCCAGCUCAGCCAUGCUGGCCUGUCUGCAGAGGCCUCAGAACCCACCCGGCCAACACCUGGCCUGUCCAAGCAAGAGCCUGGAUCUUCGCAAGUGCGAGUCGGUGGCCAGCUCUAUGCAUUCCUCCCGCUACCCAAGCCCAGCCGAGCUGGAUGCCUACGCAGAGAAGGUGGCCAACAGCCCCCUGUCCAUCAAGAUCUUCCCCACCAACAUCCGAGUGCCGCAGCACAAGCACCUGAGCCGCACGGUCAACGGCUAUGACACCAGCGGCCAGCGUUACAGCCCCUACCCUCAGCACACCUCUGGCUACCAGGGCCUGCUGGCCAUCGUCAAGGCUGCCGUCUCCUCCAGUGCGGCUGCGCCCUCCGGGCACACCAAAAGCGUGCUCAAGAGCGUGGAGGGCAAGCGGACUAAACUGUCACCGGCCACCGUGCAGGUGGGCAUCGCACCCUACCCGGUGCCCAGCACCCUGGGGCCCUUGGCCUACCCGAAGCCACCCGAGGUACCUGCACCACCCCCCAGCCUUCCUGCAGCAGCCACUGCCACCUCUGUGAUCCCUCUGCCGGGCCGGGGCCUGCCUCUGCCCCCCUCCAACCUACCUUCGAUCCACAGCAUCCUGUACCAGCUCAACCAGCAGUGCCAGGCCCCGGGCGCUGCACCAAGCGCCUGUCAGGGCGUGGCUGUGCCCCACCCCAGUCCAGCCAAGCAUGGCCCCGUACCCAGUUUUCCUAGUGUGGCUUACUCGGCCACAGCUGGUUUGCCAGACUGCCGGAAGGGCACGGAACUGAGCCAGGGAGCCACACCAGCCCUGACACUGGCUGGAGCCACCAAACCUGCAGGGUAUGCAGAAGGCGGCCUGGAUUACCUGCUGUGGCCACAGAAGCCGCCCCCUCCCCCGCCCCAGCCGCUGCGGGCCUACAGUAGCAACACUGUAGCCAGCAAGUCCCAGUCCCCAGAGACUUGUGGCGGGAGGGCAUUCGAGAGGGCCAAUGGGUCCCCCCACAACUGCGGCAUGGGGCUGCCUGGCAGCUUCACCGUAGGCCAGUACUUCGCUGCCCCUUGGAACAGUGUUCUGGUGACACCUACCAGUGACUGCUAUAAUCCAGCAGCUGCUGCCGUAGUGACAGAGCUGGGACCAGGAGCGGCCCGGGAGCUAGCCGGGCCUCCUGGAGAUGCACUCUCAGGCCUGACCAGCAAGAGUGUGUGUAACACAGCGGUACUGAGCAGCAGCCUCCAGUCACUGGAGUAUCUCAUCAACGACAUCCGGCCACCCUGUAUCAAGGAACAGAUGCUGGGCAAGGGCUAUGAGACGGUGGCCGUGCCCCGGCUGCUGGACCACCAGCACGCCCACAUCCGCCUACCUGUCUACAGAUAAGGUCUGCCCUGCGGGCACACGGACAGAUGGACAGGGUGCUGGGGGUUGGCGGGCCAUAGCACAGAGCAGGAAGCUAGCAGGGCACCCCGCUCACCCUGUGUCCACAGGGAAGCCAGGCUGGUUACCGCCUCACUGCGAGAUGGGCAGGUAGGUCGACCUCACACACCAGGGCUCCUCCCCCGACUUGCUGCCCCAGGAAGCAGGGAGAGUCCCGGGCUGGCUACAAGGCUCGUCCUUCAUCCAGGCAGGGAGAGAGGACCUUCUGCAAACAAGAAGUUCCUUCUGGGUCUCAAGCAGAGGGGUGCUCCGGCCAUCCUGUGUCAUACACUGGGUCCCCACCCAUACUCUCCCAGUCUCGGAAAAGGAGCAGAGAGAAUCCAUAGCAGGUCCCUGGGUCCAAAGUGCCCCACCCCCACCAACUAAUCCAGGUGAAGACCACCCUGACUCCAGACUCCCAGAGGCCUCAGGACUACCAGCCCCCUGUUCCUGCCGACUCUUCCCCUUCCCGCCCACCCUACUCUGUACGCCCCAGACCACCCUCUUCCCCAUCCCCAACAGUAUAUCUCACAGGGCUGCUGGGAACAGCUGGUGCGUUGCACAAGGGCACCUUGCCCAAGGAGAUUCCACUCGCAUCCUAGAUUUGUGUAUUUAUUACAACUGUCUGCAUUUAGAGGAAGGGACAGCUUCUUCCUAUUCGCACAAAGAUGUCACGGGGCGGAGGGGCUAACGAGGGACCUGUAAAUUCAGGCUCCGUUUGCAAGGACGAUCUUGCCUUUCUCCGCGUGUCAGGGUCUCCUGGGGACCAGUGGGAGGGUGACCCGGCUAUAACUGGAAUAAUCCAGCUCCUAUUCUGCAUCCCCCCCUCCCCCUGCACUGCUUUGGGGGUGGGGGGAAUAAAUAAGCCCAGGAAGUCCUCAAGGCCUGCAGUCCCCUGGCCCCGCCGGCCCCAGGCGUUCCGGAAGCGGUACUGUAUCUCUCCAAGGCCUGUCUCAGCACUAAGUGCAUUUACAAAUCUCUGAGAAUGUUUUUUUUAUACUAAAAUUGACCAUUUUAUUCUACUGUGAGAAGUGCAGUCUGUCUGCACUAUAUUGUUUUAAAAACGAAGAGAACGGA